AUGAAGCCCAAGCAGGUGCCUGCGUAUCACGUCAUCGAUGGGCUCAAGUAUUCGACAGGCUACACUGCGGAGAACGUACGGCAAGCACUCUCCUAUAUGCCAAGGGACGGCGACAUCGUAAUGGUGUCGUAUGUCAAAGUUGGAAACAACUGGCUCGAGCAGAUAAUACAACUCAUUCUGCACAGGGGAGAGAGCGCCUCAGGGACCCUGGACUACCAUAUGCGCACACCUUACCCAGAGCUGGUUGGAACGGCAUGGCUUGAGCAGAUGACCAGCCCGCGGUUUAUGAAGACCCACUUUGCUUACUCUAGGCAGCCCAUAAAUUCCAACGCGAGGUAUGUUUACCUUGCAAGGAACCCACUGGAUGUGUGCGUCUCGUUCUACCACUUUACCCGCUCUCUCGAGGCAUACAAGUUUGAGGACGGCAGCUUCGACGAUUUCUUCGAACUCUUUGUGAAUGGCGAGACGGACUGGGGCGACUACUUGGACCAUUUGGCUUCGUGGUAUGAUCACCGCGACGAUGACAACGUGCUCUUCAUAACCUACGAGCAACUCAAGAGGGAUUUCCGGGCAACCGUGAUGAAGGUCGCCCAAUUCCUCGGUAGCCAGUAUGAAGAAAUGUUGCUCAACGAAUCUGGAGUUUUCCAGCAGUUGGAACACAAGAGCAGCAUACCAUUCAUGACGAAACUGCUCGAGGUCGACGAGAACGCAACAUCCGACACGAAGAUUACCAGCAACGACAAUAUGCACGACGCCCUCAAGCGUCUUGUAUGCGACGAGAAGGGCAAGGUACGGCGGAUAACGUUGGUCAGAAAGGGCGUCAUCGGCGACUGGAAGAGUCUUUUCACUGCCGAGCACAUCCGUCGAAUGAGAGCGAGGAUAAUCGAGAAGGGUGUGGCACACAUUGUAACUGACUUGUGGGGCAAUGAAGAUCUGGGCGAAGUUGUGUGA